AUGUUUUCGGAUAAUCAAAAUGGUGCGGAUCUCACUGUCUCUGAGCCACUUCCAUGCGAUUUCCACCAGGGACAACAGAGAACCUCCACUGAGGCUCAAGGUGUCCUCCCAAUAGAGGAUUCUAAUCAACUAACUUGGCCGCCUCCUAAUUCAGAAUUCUCUCCGAGAUCAAUCAUAUCACAAAUUCAACAUGGGUCUCCCAGAAGUAGUCUUCGGCCGUUGGCGCAACUUGGUCAAUGUGAAAAAUGCAAGAGUCCGAUGUCCGGAUACAGUUGGUGUCAAUACUGCAAUAGCGAACAUUUUCAGAUGAACUUUUCGUAUUGGUCAAGUGGAAACAAGGAACUCGACAACUUUAUUCAAAUGGCACAACGUAGAGCGACCAAUACCAGAUCGAUUAUAGAAUGGAUAGAAUACGAUAAAUUUGAAAAUGUGACACACCUUGCAGAUGGUGGUAAUAGUUCGGUGUAUACUGCAAAUUGGCCUCAGGGUCCUAUACAAGCGUGGAACGUAACUGCCAAGACAUGGGAACGAGGAUGGCAGCAAAUGGAAUCCAAUGUAAUCAUUUUAAAACGCAUAAAAAAUUCAAAUAAAGUGACAUCGGAUUUCUUGGGUGAGUUGAGUGCAUAUCACCAAUUUAGCACGUUGGUCAGUCAUGUUGUACGCUGUUACGGUAUUACUCGUUGUCCCUCAACUCGUGAAUUCAUUGUCGUUACGUCCUAUGCUCGCGAUGGGGAUCUUCGAAAAUAUAUUGGCAAAAACUUUUCUACUCUUACUUGGCUACAAAAGAUCAACACUCUCAAGGAUAUUGCGGGUGGAUUGGUGACCAUUCAUAGAGCUGGGCUCGUGCACAAAGAUUUACACACCGGUAACAUCUUGAUGAACAACGGUGCUCGUCCAGAAAUCUCUUCAGAUAUACCCGACUAUUAUUCUUUGAUCAUGCAAGCCUGCUGGAACGGAGAUCCCGAUAUGAGACCUACUUCACGUGAACUUGAAAUAGCUUUCAAUGGGUGGGUUGAAAAAAUUGCAAAACGACAAUUGGACCCUCCAAAACCGAUUUCUCUCAAGGAUGACGCACAUUCGAAAUCAGAAGAUAUCCAUUCCAUCCCUAGUUCACGUGAAAACACUACAAGUCAGCCACUUCCCUCCUUGUCUGAAAUUCAACUUCUAUACGUUGAUGAGCUUGAAGAACGCCGCGAAGUACGUUAUCAGAAUUGCCUUAACCAACGGCUCCAUGAAUUCAAUGAACAAGAUCGUAACAUUGAAGGAUCGCUCAACCCUAUGACCUGGACAAGCGAACUCAGAGUACUAGCCGAUCAAAUAUUUGGAACUUCAGGUAUGGUUACAUGA